GAAACUAUCAUUCGGAGUUUUUUUUCCUUUUCAGUGCAACACAAUAAUUCCACCAAGUUUCAGGCUUUUUUCCUCCAUCUCAGUGAGAAGAAUAAUUUUAUUCUUCUCUCUGUGGGAAAAGCCCAUUUAAUUUGUGAUUGAGGAAAAUCAGUUAAAUUGUGUUGGAAAGUCUGUGAAAAUCUGUUUUGUCGCGAAGAAUUGUAGCCACGUAAAAAAAAUAAUUCAACAAAGCAUCAAAUAAUGAAGGAAAAUCCCUGUAAAGUGCGGGAUUUCCCACAGCCCAAGAUAGCAAAGUGAAAAAUCUCCCUUCAGAGAGAAGAAGAAAUUCCCCGAAAAAAAAAUUAAGAAGUCCUGGUCAGGAAAAUGGGUUACUUGAGUGAUCUUCGGGAUCAAUAUCUCAAUGGCACAGCAAUAGCUCUGCUGGUGCUACUAAUCAUCAUCUUGCUGUACCUCUUCAGGAAGCAAUGCCUACGCACGUCCCCCCACAAGAGUUGGACGCGCAAUUUGCUCAAGACUAAGAAUCUCCUGCGGCGAAUUUUCCUCAACACAGUUAACCGCAGCCUGUACGACGAGGGUAUCCAGUCGGAAUCCGAAGAAGCAAUCCUCACGCGCUUCAUUCCCGUUCCCAGUGAUCCACCGCCAAAGUAUGCCCACGUGCCACCGCCAAAUGUGUCCAGUUUGAUGUACCAGGAAGCCCUGCGUGGCAAUGUUGCUCUGCAUUCGGUGAUUAUUGCCGGGAAGGAUCCCCUGGAGGUGGCUGAGCGUGGUCGCGUUGGGAUUGCCAGCAGUGAGUGCAGCUCCAAUAGCUCUGGGGAUACACUACCGGAGAAUAGUGUGGUGUACUUGACGGAAGAGCGGCGGGAGCUGCACCCAGCGGAUGUGCCUUUCACGCGGGAAUUCCAACAGCAACGUGAUCGUGAGCGUCGGAAGCACCGUCGGCAUUCAGACGGCACCGAAAGGCGCUCCUCCAAAUCGCAUCGCUACAAGAAGCGUCUGCAGGACAUUACGGAUGUGGAUGAGAUCACAAGUGCCGAUCCGCCGUACUUAUUUGUCUCCCCGUCGCGUGAGCAACUCCUCGAGGAGACCACAUCACAGUGCAACGAAUCCCUCAAAUCUCCCUCCUCCAUUGGCACCGCUAGUAAGUUGGAUCCCACCGAGAAGUUUGCACCCUCCACAACAGCCAGCUAUGGCAGCGUGGAGAUUGCCCUCCUGUACGAUGCACCCAUGAGAAAAAUGACUGUACACGUGCUUCAGGCACGAGAUAUCCCAUUGCGGGGUCCAGGGCAGGUGACCUACACACAAAUACGCCUCCUCAUCCUGCCCAGUAAGAAGCAGAAGCACAAGACGAAGAUUCGCACGGGGGAAAAUCCCCAAUUUAUGGAGAGUUUCCUCCUGCAUCGUGUGAAUCCGGAGGAAGUUAACUCAAUGGGGCUGCGAAUUCGCGUGUAUAGCUGUGCACGGAUGCGCAGGGAGCACCUAAUUGGGGAAUCAAUUGUGAAAUUUGGGUCCAUUGAUCUCGAAUAUGAGGCAAAUAUGUGGCUGACGCUUGAGCCGAAAACUCAUGUUAAUCUCUCGGGAUCAAAUAGUGAUCUCAUCUCCCUGGCACGAUCUGAUAGUAUCAGUUCGACGGCAUCUGUGAAACACGGUGGAGUUCCUGAAUUACUCCUGGGAUUGGCCUACAAUGGGACAACUGGGAGACUCACAACUGAGAUCAUCAAGGGCAUCCACUUCCGGCAGAUGAUGGUCAACAAGACCCUCGACACGUACGUGAAGCUCUGCCUUGUGAAUAGUAUCGGGCAGGAGAUGAGUCGUACAAAAUCCUCAAUUCGUCGGGCUCAGCUGAAUCCCCUCUUCAAGGAGACCUUCCACUUCCAAAUUGCCCUUUUCCAGCUCAACGACGUCACCCUCAUGGUGUCCGUGUACUCAAAGCGCAACAUGAAGCGCAAUGAGAUGAUCGGCUGGUUCAGUUUGGGACUCAACUCAUCCGGACCCGAUGAGAUGAAUCAUUGGAAUGAUAUGCGUGAGACCACAAAUGGGGAGCUCGUCGUACGUUGGCAUGUUUUAUUGCAAAAUUAAUCGAUUAAUGGGGUUUCCUCCCCUAAAAUUUGGGGAGACCAUUAACAACAAAAAAAGAGAAAAUUUGUAGUUCUUAAGGCACACACAACAACAAAUUAUCUUUCUCAACUCACACGGUUGAUAAAAAAAAAAGAAUUGGAACAAUACUUUUAUCAGAGUGGGCAAAAUGGGGAUUUUUCGAAUGAAUCUAGAACUUAUCUAGAUUUUCUUUAUAGAAUUUAGUAGGGAAAAGAAAAUGUUUGAAGAUAUCGUGUUGUGAGAUUCAAAAUGGCGAAUUUUUCUUUUAGAAAUUUCUUUCUUUAAUUCAAUUUAAGGAUUUGAUUAAAUAACAUUCAACCAUUCCCCUAAAAAUGAAUUAUGAUGGAACUUUAUUAAAAUUUCUAUUUUCGUAGGCAGUCAGAACUUCUGACUGAAAGGGUUGUAAACUUUCAAUUAAAAAUGCGUUACGGGGAUAAUUACUUUGCGAUUUAUAAAUGACUUUCGGAUUACUCGAUUACAUUUCAAUUACCCGAUUACAUUUCGAUUGCUCGAUUACAUUUUUAAUUAUGGAAUUACAUUUCAAUUACUUGUUAGUUUCAAGCUUAAGGACUCAGGAUCGUAAGAAAAAUUAAAAGGAAGAAUCUGAGAAAAUAUUCUUUUCUUCCAUUCAAAGCUUAAAAUGUUUUAUUCUGUAAAUGCUCUCACAGAAGACAUUUCGGAAUCAAAAAGUCUUGUUUGGCCUCUUCUACGUACUCUUAACGUACUUCCAACUUAGAAAAAUAAAAAAAAAAAUCAUUUAAAUUCGAGAAAAUUAAAUAUUUCACGUUUGGGUCAGUGUAUGACCCAAUAGACGCGAAAGGGUUAAGUCGUUCGAGGAUUUUUUAAGGAAGGCAAAAUUGGUAAAAUUGUCUCAGUCAGAACUAAUUCCUAAAGAAACCAGAAUUUCUUAGCUCAGAACUAUAAGUUCCCAGCUGUUCAAAAAUUCUCAGAAGGAACCUAUACUGAUCAGGAAUAACUCCUUAUCAAUUUAUAAUGACUUUUUCCCAACCAAUGUAGACCCCUUUUUAACUCAGAAUCAAGAAGAAUGAAAAGAAAAACGAUGAAAAAAGAAGAUUGAAGAAAAGAUGAAGGAAAACUCUUUAAAAUUCUUUUUCAAAAUUUAAUUUUUUAUCACAUAAUACAAAACUUAUUAAAUUAAUCCAAAAAAAGAGAAUAUUAACAAAAUUUUAAAAAUAAUAAUUCGGUCUUAGUGGUUUACUAUGCACUCUUCUUAUUUCACGUGUCAAUACUUCAGUACCAUUAUCUUUAAUUACGCUUAUAUACAAAUGAGAUAGCAGAUCGUUGCGAUAGGAAAGCCACACCGUAUCCAAUUUAGGUUGAUCUUUACAAAAAUUCAUCACUUGUGUACCAGUAAAAUGCGGUGUAGCCAAAACUGCCAUAAAAACAAGUUGAUGGCAAAAUUCGGAAAAUUCUCUCUCACAAUCAUAAUCAAUGCAUAAGUCGGGAAAACGUACCGUUUUAAGGUUUUUCGAUGUCGUCAUGAGGGGAUAGAGGCAUCUUUUGGUAACUCUUGGGCAUCCCAUAAUGCACACAAAGUCCAAUUGUGGUUUAUCAGUGAGCAACUCAAUGAUGGUGGAAUCACGCAGACCGGAAUGAUUCAAAAGCCAAACUUUCUUAAGUUUCCGCGAAGCUUUUUUGAGUAGAUCAUCAAGGGGGUUUUCCCUCAAAAAGCGCUUCUGUUGUUCACAUUUACUUGCGCCGUUGAUGGACAAUUUCCUCAAUCCCGAAAACAUUUUAACUGCAAUUUCUUCAUAUUCACUUCCGCAGCUGCUGAGCGCCAUUAAAUCCCUCCAUGAUAGGUACGGUGCUAAGUACGUCACCAAAAUAUCCUCCACGGGAAGAUCGAAGAAAGUUGUUGAUGGUAAUUGUUGUGCUGAAGCCGCCAUUCUCUUCCUCUGAUCCGUUCUAUUUGUUCACUUUCACUUCCAAGUUUAUAAAAAUGUUUCAAAAAAAACUUUUUUUUUUGCUUCACCACAACGCACCACAACUUUCUCCGAGAAAGGUCUAAGCAGAAAUGUCCUUCUGAGUGCGUUCUACUUGGUAGACGACCCGUAAAAAUUGGGCAAGACCGUUUAAAGCAAUCCCAAAUGCCCCCAACCUUGGUUACUUUUCAGGGAUUAUACCUCCUUUGCAUAUUAGUCCAAGACAAGAUUUAUGAGCAUAAAGUAACUUCUUUUCCCGAAGAAAUUAGGAGGACACAACCAAAGAGUUGACAAAGGUCCUUUUUAACCGAGCCAAGCAAACGAUCUCUCAUUAAAUUCUCGUUUGUAUGAACGGCCAAACACUAUUGACAAUUUUUAAAAGUUAAUUUUAAUGUAUUUAUCAGAGUGAGACACCCCUCAAAAGUUCUUAAUCGAAAGAACAUAAAAUUCUCUAUUUAGUGGAGUCAGAAUUUUUAAAAUUGAAGCAUUUUCUUAGGUGUCUCAACUGUUGAAAGCUAUAAGAUCGAUGACUAUCUUGGAAAAUUGUAUCUGUGUUAACUCUUUGGCUGGACACAACCCUUAGAAAUUACCUCUAAAAUUCGCAAGAAGAAUAUCCUUCAAGUUAUUAUUCUUUCUUCGAACGAACAUAGAUUUUACUUAAAAAUUUGCAACCCUUAAAGAAAUAUUUUUUCGUCUGAAGAACUUACAGACACGUGCUGAAAUAAUUAAAGGAAAUGUCCUGAAAACAAAAUUCUCUUAAAAGCUAUAAUUAUUUUCUGUUCAGAUCUUAUCUUCAGUUUAACGUAACGAUUUUCUUGAAGAGUACUUAUUAAUGAUUUAUUUUUAGUAUUUUUUAAUGUUAAAGCAACAAUAAAUCUUUUAUCUUUUUAUUUAAAACGGUAAAUAAUUAAGUAAUUAAUAAUUAAAUAAUUCGUCUAUUUUGACUGAAUUAACCCUUGGAGGACCGAGGUUUCUUACCUCAAAACUUUGACCUUACGAUAAAAUAGAUCAACUUAUAAACACGCAUCUAUCAAAACACCAAAACUUUUAAGUUAGAAAAGAAAAGAAAAUUUUUUUUAUCACAAUCCACCACAAUUUUUUUAUCACAAUUGUUAAAAUUUUCUUACAAAAAAAAAGGAUUUUUUUCAUUUCACCUUAAACAAUUAGAAAAACUUCUAAUCCUACUUUUAACCUUUCAAGAAGACAUUUGAGUUGUUUUGAACAUGAAAAAUAUUUCAAAUUCAACGAUGAAAAGGACGCACAUCAGCCAUUUUGAAUCUCUUACAGAAUAAAAAUUUUUAGGUUAGAGAGAAAAAAAGCACAAAAUUGUUGGAAAUUAGAGAAGUGAAAUUAUGCAAUUUGGGCCCACUCUGAUAUAAAACCCUUUUGACUUUGUAUAGAAAUUUUUGUAGAAUAUUUGCCUCCCGAAAGUGGAGAGAAAUUGGUCAAUUUUUUGGUAAAAAAAAUUUUAAUGAAGAAGCGAAAGUAAAUUGAAAAAUUUUUGCUGCUUUUCACGAUGCCGAAAAGCAAAGAAAUAUCUCGUUAAAAGAAGAAUCUUUAAAAGCAAGAAUAAAAAAAUAUUCUAUCGGUGAAGAGUAAAGAAACUUUUUAUUACAUUAUAGUGAAAAAAUACAUCUUUUUUUUUCAAUAAAAGUAAAAAUGAAAAGAAAAUCUCAUAUCCUCUCUCUCUCUCAUUCAAAUAAAUCGCCAAGAUAGUGUUAUAAUAUUGUGAAUAUUCUCAAUGGAAUAUUUUUGAGAGAACAAAAAAAAAGAAUAAAUUCACUUUAAAAGAGAAAUUCAUUUCUCUUUGUAUUCUCUUGAUAGAUUUUUUCGUGGAAAAAUAAUGAGAAUGGAAAAAAAAGAUUUAAAUUAAAUAGUGUAAUGAAAACAAAAAAAUGUUAAAAGUAAAAAUAUUUGUAAAUUUACUUCCACACACUUCUUAAUGAGAAUUCCUCCUCC